AUGACCGCUGAUAAAGAGGAGAAUAUAAAAAUGUUCUUAAGUUCAGAGAAGUACUUAGCUGCAGAUCGUCCCUCUCCUCGGUUCUUCAAGUCUCACUUGCCUCUGUCGCUGCUGCCCCCGUCUCUGCUGGCCACCUCGAGGGUGGUGUACGUGGCGCGCGACCCGCGGGACGUCGCCGUCUCGUACUAUUACCACUACAAGCUCUUCGCUUUCUAUGGAUACUUCGGUAACUUUAAGCAGUUCUGGGAAUCUUUCGUGAAGGGUGACGUGGAUUUUGGUCCAUACUUUGAACACCUGAAAGAAGUAUGGGGGCAGAGACAUCACGCUAACCUGCUUAUUUUGUUCUAUGAAGAUCUUAUCAAGGACCUGCCCGGCGGCAUUCGCCGCGUAGCACGUUUUCUAGGAAAGGAGCCAAGCGAGGCGCAAGUCAGGGCUCUCAGCGAACACCUCAAGUUUGACAACUUCAAGAAGAAUAAGUCAGUAAACUGCGAGCCCUUAAAGGAAAUGGGAUUUGAAGACAUGAAUGUAGGAAAGACUGUGUCUUUUAUACGAAAGGGCAAGGCGGGCGGCUGGCGCGAGCACUUCGACGUGCAGAUGGCGGCGCAGGCGCAGCAGUGGAUCGACGACAACCUGCGCGGGACUGACCUGCGCUUCCCGGGGCACGACUAA